AUGGAGACCACCAACGUUAGCAGCGGGCUGCUUGGCCCGGUCUAUACCGCUCUGCCAGAGAUCGAAUGGAACGGCCGUCAGGGCUUCGCUCUCGUCAUCGUCGCGAUUUUAUCUCUGCAUCUCUUCAAUGUCUUCAAGGAAAGCCUCUUUGGCGUCAAGGCGCCCAUGGUCGGCUAUAGAUCUUUCUUCGAGCCCAAAUGGCUUUUACGUCUGCGUUUUGUGCGAGGCAGCAUGUCUAUCAUCCGCGGUGGUUAUAGCAAGUACAAAGACUCCAUGUUCAAGAUAAGCCGCAAUGAUGCAGACAUCCUCGUUAUCUCGAACAAGUACGUGGACGAGCUUCGGAACUUGCCAGAGGAAGAGCUCAGCGGCAUUGAGGCGCAUAUCAGGAACCUCCUGGGCAGCAUUUCGACUACGCAUGUCAUGCUUGAGACCAACCUGCAUACUCGCGUGCUCCAGACAAAGCUGACCCCAGCUCUGGGUCUGAUAUUUGACGACAUGAAAGAUGAGCUUAAUUUUGCUCUGGAGACCGAGUUACCAGAAUGUAAAGAUAAAUGGGUUCCCAUAUCCAUCAACCAUCUUAUGUUACGGCUCCUCGCUCGGGUUUCGGCUCGCAUAUUCGUCGGUAGGGCCAACUGUCGCAACGAGGAGUGGCUCUCAGCCAGCAUCGACUAUACAGAGAACAUAUUCAUCACAGUUAUGACUCUGCGAAUGAUGCCGCGCUAUCUCCAUCCAUUUGUUGCCCCCCUUUUACCCUGGUACUGGCGUAUACGCUCCAACCUGGCCACCGCAAAACGCUUUAUCGGUCCCAUCAUACGCGAGCGUAGGGAGGCCGAGGCCCGGCAAGGGAAGGACUACCAGAAGCAUGAGGACCUCCUCCAGUGGAUGAUGGACGGGGCAAACGAAAAGGAAAGCAAUCCGGAUAUGAUAGCCCAUAUCGAACUUCUCCUUACGCUGGCCUCAAUCCAUACCUCUUCGAUGGCCACGUCAAAUGUGAUGUAUGAUCUUUGUGCUCACCCAGAGUACUUUGAACCCCUUCGAGAGGAAAUGCUCUCUGCACGGCGCGAAGAUGGUGGAUGGCGAAAGACUACCUUGACGAAGCUAAGAAAACUUGAUAGCUUCCUCAAGGAGUCUCAACGAAUGAAUCCCCCAAGCCAAUUGGCAUUCAACCGCGUUGUCCGGUCGACCCUCAAACUAUCAGAUGGCACGGUCCUGCCUGCUGGUACACAUUUCAACAUAGCCUCUGAUGCUAUCAUGAACGAUCCCGCCAAACUUCCCGGUGGCGGCGACCCGGAAGUGUUCGAUGGGUUCCGCUACGAGCGGCUCCGUAGCGAUCCCGCCCAUCCCGAAAAUGCUAAUCGGUUCCAGCUGGCCAUGACAGACAGCAAUAACCUGCAUUUCGGACACGGGAAGUAUGCAUGCCCGGGGCGGUUUUUCGCUAGCAAUGAAAUCAAGAUGAUCAUCACUGAGCUGCUGUUGCGCUACGACUUUAAGUAUCCGGAGGGACAGGAGAGGCCGCGCAGUUUGAGUGCGGAUGAGAAUUUGUAUCCUGAUCCAGAUGCUAGGGUGUUGAUACGGAAACGAGAAGAAAUCUGGUUGAUAGAUAUAAAGCCUAGCAAUGUGUUGGUAAACUAUGGAAAAGAUACCAGGUUCAAAGAGGUCCAACUGGCUGAUUUCGGGAGUACUGUCCAGGAGAGCUCUACUUAUGCUCGACGCGGGGAUCCUAUCGGAACCCCAAUGCUUAAAAGCCCCGAAGCACAUCUUCAAAUGAAAUGGGGCAAUUCCACCGACAUUUGGUCGUUUGGCGCGGAAGGGUUCCACAUCUUUAGACCCAAUGUCCCAGUAGACCAUGAUGAUUACGACGUCAAAAUUCUCAUGAAGCAUCACCGGUGCUUCGGCCCAUUCCCGGCAUCAUACGAAGAGAUUGCAGACCAGGAGAGGCUUGCAUUUCUUGCGUGGAUAAUGCAAAACAGCCCUAGGGAGAUGUUGCGGCCCUUUCAUCUCACGACCACAAGAGAGAUUUGCCCGGAAGACAAGGAGUUUGUGCUAAGGACGAUGAAGCUCGAUCUUAGAGAUAGGCCGACUGCUCGUCAGCUCUUGGAAGAUAAAUGGUUUUGCCAAUAA